UCAUCAGUUGUCCGUUGCUGGGGCUGGGGCAUGCGCCGGGGGAGGUAUGGGGACGCGGCCAGGAUCCGGAGGGCGCCGUUGGUUGGUGUGCGGCGGAGGGGCGUGGCGCGGGGGGUCGCCGUUGGUUGGCCGGCGGCGGGCGGGGGCGGGCCAUGGCGCUGCUUCUGUGUCUGGGCCUGACCGCGGCAUUGGCCCGCGGCUGCCUGCAUUGCCACCGCAACUUCUCGGAGAAAUUCUCCUUCUACCGCCAUCACGUGAACCUCAAGUCUUGGUGGGUGGGCGACAUCCCUGUGUCGGGCUCGUUGCUCACCGAUUGGAGCCAGGACACGAUGAAGGAGCUGCACUUAGCCAUCCCCGCGGAGAUCACCCGGGAGAAGCUGGACCAAGUGGCGAACGCUGUAUACCAGAAGAUGGAUCAGCUGUACCAGGGAAAGAUGUAUUUCCCGGGGUAUUUCCCCAACGAGCUUCGAGCCACUUUCCGAGAGCAGGUGCAACUCAUCCAGAAUGCCAUCAUUGAAAGCCGCAUCGACUGUCAGCGUCACUGUGGCAUCUUCCAGUAUGAGACCAUCUCAUGCAUCAACUGCACGGACUCACAUGUCGUCUGCUUUGGCUACAAUUGCGAAUCAUCAGCACAGUGGGAGACAGCUGUGCAGGGCCUCCUCCUUUACAUAACUAAUUGGCACAAACAGGACACCAACAUGAGAACCACUCCAGCCUUCCUGAUAUCACCAAGCUUCACAUGUCUAGAGCCCCCACUCUUGGCAAACCUGACCCUGGAAGAUGCGUCUGAGUGCCUGAUGCAGCACUGAUGGCCACCCAGCCCAUUGGACGUGCUCCAGCCUCGAUGUGGGGCCAGGACUCAGCUGGGCUGUCCCAGCCUGACCCUGUGGAGCAGCCUGCUGCUCCCUGGGGUCCCCCCACCCCAUCAGAGCCUGGGCAGAGCUGGGAGGAGGGGAAGGGAAAUGGGUUUGUAUAUAGCAGAUGCCAGGCCAGAUCACAGAGCUACUGAAUGGAUGAUUAAAUGUCCUUGACACUUCU